AUGGGUCUCUGCGAUGAAGACAUUCUAGACGAAAGCAUUGGAGUUGACGAAAAAAUAGAAGAGCUUGAGAUAGAGGCCGUAUGUGAGACAGAAAACUUUGACUGUUCCGACUGUGAAAAGAAGUACAAAACGAAACGAGGAUUAGCGCGCCACAUUAGGGGAAAACAUCCCAUACCCGGACAAGUGGAUUUAUGCUCAGAGAAACCCGAAAUUCAUCCAUUGGAAAUUCGAGUUUACAUCAGAAGUAAAAGUUCAAAAUGUGCAGUGUCUUUGCAAUGUUCACGAACUUGUUUACUUUCCGUAACGGCGUCUUGUACAACGUCUACGGAAGGACCUUCUGCGGUAGAGAAUACCGCGUCUACGGAAGAUCCCAAUCCUGCGCCUGCGGAAGAUCCUGCGUCGUCGGUAGACAAUCCUGCGCCUGCGGAAGAUCCUGCGUCGUCGGUAGACAAUCCUGCGUCUACGGAAGAUCCUGCGCCUUCGGUAGACUACCCUUCGUCGACGGUAAAUCCUGCGCCUUCGGUAGACUACCCUUCGUCGACGGUAGAUCCUGCGUCGUCGGUAAACAAUCCUUCGUCGACGGAAGAUCCUGCGUCGUCGGUAGACAAUCCUGCGCCUGCGGAAGAUCCUGCGUCGUCGGUAGACAAUCCUGCGUCUACGGAAGAUCCUGCGCCUUCGGUAGACUACCCUUCGUCGACGGUAGAUCCUGCGCCUUCGGUAGACUACCCUUCGUCGACGGUAGAUCCUGCGUCGUCGGUAAACAAUCCUUCGUCGACGGAAGAUCCUGCGCCUUCGGUAGACAAUCCUGCGUCGACGGUAGAUCCUGCGUCGUCGGUAAACAAUCCUUCGUCGACGGUAGAUUCUGCGCCUUCGGUAGAUUACCCUUCGUCGACGGUAGAUCCUGCGUCGUCGGUAAACAAUCCUUCGUCGACGCAAGAUCCUGCGCCUUCGGUAGACAAUCCUUGCGUCGACGGUAGAUCCUGCGUCGUCGGUAAACCCAAUCCUUCGUCGACG